AUGUCCGUCUUCUUCAAGGAGAUAUCGCCAAACAACCCCGUCAAGGAUGGAGACGUAGAGUCCCUCUUAUCGCCUCUCCAUAUCUCAGUAUCACCUUCAGAGUCCCAAGACUACACAACGCUCCUGGCUGCUGUCCACGACUGCGCAGAGCGUAUAGAAAGUCUGCCAGAUUACCAGCCUGUUCCAGACACAGCCCGGUUCCCUCGCAAGAACAUCCAUCUCCCCACUCCGUCGGAACAGAAGUAUGGCGCGGCAUGGGCGCACAAGUUUACCAUCCCCGGUGACGACACGUCGAACUCCGAUCUCAAGGGCAAAACCGUCUGCAUCAAAGACUGUAUCGCCGUGGCGGGCGUUCCGCAGUUCUACGGUAGCGACGCCUUUCCAGCAUGGACGCCCAGCACCGAUGCCACUGUCGUGACACGAGUUCUUGAGAAUGGCGCCAGCGUCGUGGGGACGGCAACGUGCGAGAACUUUUGCAACUCAACGUCGAGCUUCACAUCCGCCCAGGGUACAGUCCACAACCCGCAUCGGGAGGGCUACUCUGCCGGUGGCAGUACCUCUGGUGGCGCGGCGCUGGUGACGGGGGGGCUCGUUGAUCUCGCCAUUGGCACGGAUCAGGGCGGGAGCAUCCGCGUCCCAGCAUCGUUAUGUGGAUGUGUGGGUUUCAAGCCGACGCAUGGCCUUGUGCCGUACACUGGCAUCACAAGUGGUGACCAAGUGGACGACCACGCUGGCCCGUUGGGGCGGACAGUGUCGGAUGUUGCAGCUUGUCUCGACGCGAUUGCUGGAUACGAUGGUAUGGACGACCGAUCCGUCGCUGCAAAACCGCCCGGGUCCUACGCCUUCUCCAAGAGCCUCUCCAGUGGCAGUCAUCGCCUGGACGGUGUCAAGAUUGGUGUCUUGAAGGAAGGCUACCAGAGCGAACUCGUCCAGCCAGGCGUGCAUGCUGCCUUCUUCUCCGCCGUCCAGCGUCUCCAAGCCCUUGGCGCCACUAUCGAAGAGAUCUCCAUCCCUCUGCACAAGGAGGGACCCUCAAUAUGGACCAUCCAGCAACGCAUCUCGGGCGCAGCUGGGAUCCUAGGCCACGCACAUGGACGCAGGGGUCUCUACCUCACCGAUUUCGAACACACGCGUCUGCCGUGGACAGCCGCCAACUUUGCCAAGCUCUUCCCAUCGACCAAGAACACCGUUAUCAACGGCCUGUACCUAUCACAGCAGUUCCCCGGCCUCUACGCCAAGACGAUGAACAUUGGGCGGCAGAUCAGCGACGCGUACCAGCGGCAAUUCGCCCAGUACGACGCCAUCGUCAUGCCCACGACGCCCUUUGUCGCCCCACGGCACGGGACGAGGGACAAUGUCCUCAAGAGCUUCGAGCCGAGCAUGGGCAUGACGACCAACACGGCCGUCUUCAAUGUCACGGGCCACCCGGCGCUGUCCAUGCCCGUUGGCUGGUCGAGGAGUGUCGACGGCGAGGUCGAGCUGCCUGUUGGCCUGCAGAUUGUCGGUGGGCUAUGGCAGGAGGACAAGGUGCUCGGUGUGGCGGCGGCGUUGGAGGCGAACUUUGACUGGAGGGCUACCAAGGAGAAGGUGCACGUGAUGGAGGCGUGUCUUGGGGCACAGGAGAAGCUCAACGGGCACGAGCCGUUUGUGCGGGAGGUGGCAGAGCGCGUUGAGAUAUCCACAUAG